AUGGAUAUAAUCGGUAACUAUGGCAGAGCUUCAGGUCAAGAGGUUAAUCUGGCUAAAUCAUCCAUUAUGUUUGGCAAAAAGGUAACUCCGGAUAUUCGAACCCAUUUGAAAUCAGUUAUUGGGAUUUCUAAGGAGGGUGGUAUGGGUUCUUACUUGGGUAUUCCUGAGAAUCUUCAAGGUUCGAAAACUAAGGUUUUUAGCUACAUUAAGGAUCGGCUGGAUGAUCGUGUUAAUGGCUGGACUGCAAAGUGCUUGUCGAAGGGCGAACUAACAUCUAAAUUGACAAGUGCAAUUUCCACUUUCUGGUGGAAAUCCAAUGAUAAGGCCCGUGGUAUGCAUUGGGUUGCUUGGGAUAAAUUAUGUAAAGAUAAAGCUGAAGGGGGACUUAGUUUCCGAGCUCUGGAACAAUUUAAUGAGGCUAUGUUGGCCAAACAGUUUUGGCGUUUAAUUCACUAUCCAACGUCUUUAAUGGCUAGGGUGAUUAAAAGUCGAUAUUUCAGGAACAAACAUCCUCUUAUGGCAAAAAAACCAUAUAAUCCGUCAUUUGCUUGGAGAAGUAUUUAUUCCAUCAAGGGGUUGGUGGAGCAGGGAGCGAGAUGGGCGGUAGGCUCUGGCAAUUCCAUUUCGGUUUGGCGUGAUCCAUGGAUACCGGAUAUUUUCCCUAGACCGGCGAAUGGUCGAGGGAGGUUGUGGCUUCCGAGUGUAAUGGUUAAUCAUUUAAUUAACCCGGAGACUAAGGAUUGGCAUCUACCUACUUUGGAGGAGUUUUUUGAUCCGGGGGAUAUACAACUUAUUCGUAGUUUGCCGUGGAGAGCUUACAACGCUCCUGUUGGGAGCACGGAGUCAUCAUCGGAGUAUAUCCCCUCUACAUGCAGAACUACAAGCGCUGAUCUGGGCUAUGGAGUAUUUACUUGUGGCUGGAGUCGAUUGUCAGGCUUUUGA